GGGAUGUUAAGAACGAUGCUCGCGGCCUUGGAACGGUCGACGCUCGUUCUGCGGGAACAGUCCUGUCUCUUAGGUGAUGCCCAAACCUUGUACGUCUAUGGCCACGUUCCUUGGACGUCAAUUCGGAAUUGGCUGCACUCCACGCCUCCGAUGCGCCCCUUGUCAACGAGCUCGCUACGUGUCGCGUCCUUCAAGGCGUAUAUACUCAGCAACUGACCCUGGUCUGCAUUCGGCAUACUUAUCAUGUCUGCGAUAACCCACUCACCUCGGCUUGUCGACGACCUCGUACCACUCAUCCUCGACAGCAAUGAUCAUUGGUGGCCGCAGGAUCUGCAACGUCUCGCCCUAGUAUCGCCUUGCUGGCUCUGGGAGGCCAGGCGACGCCUAUAUGCGCACCCUCGGGUAUCUUCAUUCCGCGCCUGCAAUCUGCUGGCACGUACGCUCUCCGGGAACGAGCCCCUCAAACGUCUCCUCCGGAGCCUUUACCUCAACCCAAUAUGCGAAGGUGCAUUAACAGAAAAGGAAAUCGCGAGCCUUGAAAUCAUACUCGGCUUGCACGGUCUGCCACGUAUCACCCUUGGUGGUGACCUGGCAGUGAAAGCGGAGCGGUGGGCGAAAGCCCUCGCCUCACCCCACUGCGUUACGGAGUUACAUAUCGAUGGUUACAUGCUUGCCUGGAACCGCCAUGUAUUCAACAUUUAUCGCCACCCCUCUCUUAAAUGGGACGACGCCAUGUCCCGCAAUUUCCACUCCCUGCGCAAAUUGCGCCUCUCCAACCUCGAUCUCGAAGUCGCCCCUCAAGCGGGCCCUAUUGCGCUGCACGAGCUCGUGCUGGAUAACGUCUCUGCGGAACAUGACUCGUUGAACCUCUUUGCGGCCGUGUUACACCGCCUUACGGUCGUUUCACCCACCUCUGCUCAGACCGACGAUAGCGUCGUCUCCUUGGUCGCGUAUUGCAGCAGCACGCUCGAAUACCUCGAAUACGAAGUCCACCGCAGUCGCCGAGACGAAGGCACCAUCUUCGACUUUCCCACAUCCACAUCUCUCCCGAAGUUGCGCACGCUUAUCAUCAACGGCGCUAAUGCGCAUUCCGGAUCUUUCGAACGCAUGGGAGAAUUGUGCCCAAACUUGGUGUCUCUCGCGCUCCAAGGCCGCAUGGUCCAGAUGACCGUAGAGGAAUGGGUACAGGGCAUACGUUCCGGCGUAUUUCCGUGCUUGAAACAACUUGGCACUCCCCUCGGAACGUUCGGCCCUCCUUUCCGUUAUUGGAACGAGAAGGGUCUUGCGAACAUCAAGGCAGCGUGCGCAACCCGUAAUAUCAUCAUGACCUAAGUCCCG